CAGAUAGGACGACUGCUGAUCAGAGGUAGUGUUAAUCAUUCUUAAAGACUUGAGGAUUUAAUAUUGUAUCGCAUUUUGCAGCAUUUGACAUUUAGUCGUGCAGUGUCCAGUAUGAGUAAGAAGGUCGUCCUGGUCACUGGAGCGAAUAGUGGCAUUGGCUUGGCUCUGUGUCAGCGUCUCCUCACACACAAUGACCAGAUCCACCUGUGUCUGGCAUGUAGAAACAUGCAGCGGGCGGAAGCAGCCCGCACUGCCCUGCACACUGCCCACCCUGGAGCUGAUGUCUCCCUGCUCAAAGUCGACGUGGGCAGCCUGCAAUCUGUGUGGGAGGCAUGUAAGGAGAUCAAACAGAGGUAUAAGAAAGUAGACUACCUAUACCUGAACGCAGGGAUCAUGCCCAAUCCUCAGAUAAGCCUUAGAGCCUUUGUGAAUGGCCUGUUCUCCAGGAAGGUGAUCAGUAUGUUUGCCACCGGGGAAGGUCUUCUGACGCAGCAAGACCGGGUCACUGCAGACGGAUUGCAGGAGGUUUUUGUCACCAAUGUCUUUGGACAUUUCAUAAUGAUCAGAGAGUUGGAGCCUUUACUGUGUCAGCCUGGGAACACAUCCCAGCUGAUAUGGACGUCAUCGAGCAAUGCCAGAAGCUCUGCGUUCAGUCUGGACGACUACCAGCACACUCAAGGAGUGGAGCCCUACAGCUCCUCUAAAUACGCUUCAGAUCUGCUGAGUGUGGCAUUGAACAGGCACUAUAACAAGCAGGGCCUGUAUUCAUCUGUAAUUUGUCCUGGACUUGUGAUGACAAAUUUAACUUAUGGCAUCCUUCCAUCAUUUUUCUGGACACUGAUUAUGCCAAUUAUGUGGCUGAUUAGAAUAUUCACCAACACGUUCACUCUUACUGCUUACAAUGGAGCGGAGGCUUUGUUUUGGUUGUUUAAUCAGAAGCCAGAAUCCCUAGAUCCUCGAGCAAAAUACCACAGCUAUACUUCAGGACUGGGAAACGGUUACACUAAGCCACAAAAGAUGGACCUGGAUGAAGACAUGGCAGAAACAUUCUAUGAAAAAUUACUAGAGCUGGAAGGCAGAGUGCGAAACAAACACAGAGCACAAGAGGAUGGAAGAUAAAUGCACUCUGGCUUGUUGUGGACCAUACCAUUUAUACUGCUGCUUACCAGUACAAACAACAUCUGCAGUCUGUCUGCAUCUGUUGACAUGUUUCUACUACAUGGGAAGAUCUUUAUUUCUGUACCAUUGUCAAAGGAAUUUAAAGAUGUCUUUUUAAAUUCUGUAACAUAUUACAAAUCCAAGUUUUGGGGGUCAAUGGGGUAGUGUGUGACCUUUAAUCAUUUAUUUAAUGUUCUUUGAGAUGCUGGUGUAAAAAAACUACCAAAAUAGCAGUGAAUUCUAGUAACAGGUUUGUUCUUCACUGGAUGCCUAGAGAGCUUUCAUAAUGAAUUACACUGAAGUUUAUGCUGGAAAACUGGUACUAGUGCAUGUAAACAAAAACCUGACUAAACUACCCUCAACUGCAGAUAUGGUUCGUUGGGAGUUUAGUAUCAUUGCUACCUGUCUGACCGUCUGGCAGCUUUGCUUUAGUCAUAGACCAACACUCUUUUCAAAGCAGAAACACAAUGCUAGAAUAUGUCAGUGUUUUACAGACACCGUAGGUGUUGUGCAAACGAAUCGUGGAGGCAGUGAUCGGGAGGAAAAAGUUUUAUUCAGUGUCAUUGUUAAUUUAGUUUCACAGCAUAAGAAAGCUGUGAAAAUAUCCUGAGGCUGCAUUUUAUAAAAUAAAUACAGUCCAUCAACAACAGUUGUUCGUGCUAUAUUUGACUCCGAUGUGUUUUUGUUUUAAAUGAGAAUUUAGAAUGUUUUAAAACAAUGAAAUGAUUACUGUAACCCAAUCCCACUUUCCACAGGUGACCUCUGUAAUCAAUUUACAGAAUAAAUAUAAUUUGAAAAAUAACAAUACAUUGUACUUUGAAUAGGUUAAAGUUCUUCCUGUUUCUAUCAAUCAUUAAACAGUAUCUGAAAUACAAGAGAAAUAAAAAUUCUACUAACUGUUUA